CGUCUCAUAUCUGCGCAUGCGCUCCUUGCCGGGAAUCGGAACAAGACAGUUUAAAAACAGCAGACACUUUAACUGGAAGGAGACUGGGUUUUUUUUCUCUGCAUGAGUCCGUCCAGACGGCACCAGGAAGACCGCUGGGGAUGAUGGAGGACUGUCUGGGCUUCCAGGCGCAAAUCGCCUCGGUAAUAGAGAUUCUGGCCAAUUCGGCGGUGGUGGAAAUCUGCAAACUGGUGGACGCUGGCUAUGCGGCUCUGCGCUCCCAGAUGGACCUGGAGCUCGACAAGAGCCAGAAGGAGAACGAUGCCCUGCGGCAGAGGCUGCAGGAAAUGGACGUGAAGAUGAGGAGCUGCGAGAAGAGGCUGAGGAGGAGCCGCCAGCGGGAGGAAAUGUACGCCGUCCAUUUGAAGCCUGGCGAAGUUUCUGGCAACCAUCAGCUUCUGUUGGCACCUCUUCCUGCAGCAUCUGAAGACGUGACAUUUCAUCAUGUUUCACAGCAAGAAGAAACUAAGCUAGCCUUGCAGAAACAAGUGAAAAAUGAGCGAGAAAGCUGCAGCCUGGAUGUGAAGGUGGAGGUCAACAUCAGCACCGACUGUGACGACCUUUCUUCUGCCCAGGAUCAGAGUGAAGAACCUCCUCCUGCUGAUAUCGUCAUGGACACCAGUACCAGCACCUUACUGUCCUCCUCGCAGUCUUCUCCGUCUCCCACUGACGCCACAAUAGAUCUGACCUUCAGGCCUCGAGCAAAACGGAAGGCCAUGAAACCUUUGAGCAGCAGUUUUCCUGCCGGCAGAGUUGACGUUCAAAGCCCCGUUAGCAGGGAGUUUACCGAGUGCCUUCCAGGCAGUGAAAUAAAGCCAGAGGAAACUACAGAUGACGGCCUUCAUCCUUCUAAACCGGCAGCUGCUGUGAAAUCAGAAGAACCUGGCGCUGACCUUAACCUGGACCAGGACCUGGCCUGGAUGCAGGAGCGGGUCAGCCAUCUUGGUGCAGCUUACGCAGUUGCACAGCUGGGUUUGGGGAACACAAACUCUGGACAUGCUUCGUCUUCCUUCCCUUCGCAGGGAGAGGCAGGCGCUAUAGACGGUCCAAUGGCCGUCUCUCAUGAAGUGGCUGCUUUUGCGCCAUCUUUUGACAUGGCUGGUGUCAUCGCUGCUCCACAUCCUCCUCCGCCCUCCCACUGCACAGGUUCUGCAGCUAGGACACUUAGCCAGCGGCGGCAGCCCAGGAACGGCGCUGCCUUUAAUAAUGAGCUGCUGGUGUGCGUGGUGUGCCGGCUCGUCUUCCCAAACCCUGCUGCCCUGGAGCAGCACCAGCAGAUUCACACGGGGGAGAGACCAUACACCUGCCCCCACUGUGGGAAAGGGUUUGCCCAGCCUAACAACCUGAGGGUCCACCUUCUUGUCCACACCGGUGAGAGACGCUACCGCUGUACAUUGUGUGGGAAAAGCUUCAUCUCUUCAAGUCACCUGAAGAGGCACCGAACAGUUCACACGCAGGAGAAACCCUACAGCUGCUCCCGCUGUGGACAGUCCUUUAGCCAAAUGUGUAGCGUUCGGAGACACCGGCAGCAGUCCCAGUGUGGCAUGUAGAUGGUGUUUAAUCUUCUCUUAAGCCAGACUAAAUAUUCAGUUUUCUGUGUAUCUGUGUGUGUUAAUCGAUCUUCUGCUUGAACAAAGGACAUUAGAUUUAACUCUAUCUGCUAUUUCAUGACUGGUGGAUUUGUUGUUUUCAAUGUUGUCAAAGCUGUCUAAACGCGAAUUAUUCUAGUCCCCAAAACAUUUCCCUGUUCAUACUUUUACAUGGACAAAGUGAAAAGAUUACCUUUUUUUGCUACCCAAGUAGGUUCCAAACUGUGAGGCGCCGUUUGUAAAGUUACAGUUAAAAGUUAAGAGCGAUAAUUUCACUUAAUUAGCUUGUCAUCACAGGAACAAAUUGGGAGUUCAUUUUUUAAAGUCACAUUUUCACCACCUGGUUCGUUCAUUUAUAAAUGUCAGAAUUUGAAACUAAAUAUUUAAUUAGCAAGCUAAAUAUUUUGUUAGCAAAACACUUAGCAUCAGACCAAACAUUUAAUUAGCAACCUAAAUAUUUAGCUUCAAACUAAACUAAAUAUUUAGUUUGAAGCUAAGCAUUUAGUUAGCAAACUAAAUAUUUAGCUAGGCUAAAUAUGGAGUUUACAAAAUAAAUAUUUACCUCUAAAUAUUUUGUAAGCAAAAUAAUUAGCUGACAGCUAAGCAUUUACCUUAAAGCCAUAAGGUACCUUAAAGCUUUAAACUCAAUACUUUCAAUACUUAGCUAUGACCUAUAUAUUUAGGUUAUAGCUACACAUUUAGUUAGCAAACUAAUUCCUAUGCUUGCUAACUGGCAUGUGAAUUUGCUCUAUACUGGAAAUUCACAUGCAAAUCUCAACUUGGUAUGUGAAUAUUAGCUUUAUAUUUGUCUCUGACGUAAAUGGUAAAUGUUUAACUUUAAACUAAAUAUUUAGCUUUGUUUAAAGCCGACUUCUUAGCUUUAAACUAAAUAGUUAGCACACUAACUAUAUUUUUAGUGUGAAGCUAAAAAUUUAGUUCUUAAGCUAAAUAUCUGCUGACUAAAGAUUUAGGUUGAAAUUCUGAUACUUAAAAAUAAAUGAAUAACAUUGUGAAAAUAUGACUUUAAAAUAAUGAACCCCCAUUUUUCCCUCUCAUGACAGAAUAAAAUAACCUAAAUUAUUGCUGCUAACGUUUGACUGUAACUUUACAAACUGCCCCCCAUACCUAACUGGGUAAAUGAUCACAAACUAUAUAAAUGACAACCACAAUAAAACGUGUGAAGUUUUCCAAA